AUGACGAUUGCAGAUCUCUCCGAUCGGAAACACAAAGGAUCAAUCGUGAUCCGUGAGGUUUUCGCCGAUAAUCUAGACUCGGAAUUUGAGCUAAUCAGCGGAAUCGUCGAGGAUUAUCCGUUCAUCUCCAUGGACACAGAAUUUCCCGGCGUGAUUUACAAGGCGGAGCCAGCUCUUCUCCGCCGUGGAAACCCUAAUUAUCUCUACAAGCUUCUCAAAUCCAACGUCGACGCACUCAAACUCAUCCAAGUCGGUCUCACUCUCUCCGACGCCGACGGAAACCUCCCCGAUCUCGGCGGAGGAGACGGAAGCCGAUUCAUCUGGGAAUUCAAUUUCCGCGACUUCGACGUGGAGCGUGACCCUCACGCGCCUGAUUCGAUCGAGCUUCUCCGUCGUCACGGGAUCGAUUUCGAGCGUAACCGCCGCGACGGAGUUGAAUCGGAGAGGUUCGCGGAGCUGAUGAUGUCGUCGGGAUUGAUCUGCAACGGAUCUGUGAGCUGGGUUACGUUUCACAGCGCGUACGAUUUCGGUUACCUUGUGAAGAUCCUCACGCGCCGGGAGCUUCCGGGAGCGUUGGGUGAGUUUCUACGGUUGCUCAGAGCUCUCUUCGGCGAGAGAGUUUACGAUGUGAAACACAUGAUGAGGUUUUGUGAGCAGAGAUUGUACGGUGGUUUGGACCGGUUAGCUAGGUCGCUUGAGGUAAACCGGGCGGUUGGGAAAUGUCAUCAAGCCGGUUCGGAUAGUUUGCUGACGUGGCAAGCGUUUCAGAGGAUGAGGGAUUUGUAUUUCGUUGAGGAUGGACCGGAGAAACAUGCCGGGGUUUUGUACGGUUUAGAGGCUUUUUGA